AUGUCCACCUCGGCAUCAGCUGAAGCCGGACCAUCGCGCCGCACCCCUAUACGAUCGCUACGUCAGCCUGCGCUCCUCAAUAUCGCAACACGGAACGAUGCAGGCGGACUGGAGCCUCCGAGCCACAGCGAUGCUGUCGCGCUGAGACUGGCGAUGGACAAGAAGGUCCAAUGGAGGCGGAAAGGAGAGAGGUGGAUGGACAGGCUAUGCGAGGGGACUGUUGGGAGUGAUGAGUUCAAGAGAGGUGCCAAAUAUCUCGAACAUCACCAAUACGUUGAGACUCUACACGAGCGGCACCUCAACUCUCUCUGCUCCUAUCCGCUUUGCUCCAACGGGCCGGCUGCGCCCUACACCUCCAAGCCCCGCUGGAGCAUCUCGGCGAAACGGAGAGAAAUCAAGGAGAAGGAAGGAAACGAGGAAGAGGGGUUCUGCUCUAGAGCCUGCAAGGUACGGAGCGGGUAUGUGGAGGAGCAAAUGAGGGAGGGUGCGGGACUCAGGGGAGACAAGUGGAGGGUGGAGCUGCUGGAGGAGAUACAAGCGAUCAAGACCAAAGGCGGAGGACCAGACAAGGGGCAGGCUUCGCUUGCCACAUCGCGGACCUCAGACGGGAGUGGAGGAUCAGCCAACGGAGGGACCAGCAGGACCACCUCCUCGCCAAGUGAGCACCCGACGGGCGCAGAUUAUCCUCCUGCGGCGACGACCCCUUCCCAGCCGGUGUCAGCACCUCCAGCUUCAGCUGCGCCUCUCGCCACUACUUUACCCUCGGAGACCCAGCGCCCAUCCAGGAGACCGCCACCCAAGGUCGCACCACCAGCCCCUACCCAUCCCCCACAGCCCCAAUCGAAGCUGGAUGACCUCCUCGCUAACCUCACCAUCGUCGAGCGCCCUACCCUGCCCCCACCUACUGAGGCAGGUUCUACUUCCACAUCAUCUGCCGCAGCUACACCACCUCCUCCCCCCGCAAACAAGGUAUCCAAGCCCUCAGCAGCCUCGGCACGCGCUUCAUCCUCCCUCAUCGCCACCCCUGUCAAGCUCGCCACUACGCUCAUAUCAGCCUCUCGCCUCGCCGGGCCCGUGCCGCAGCUGGAGGCAGACACGGACGAGGAGUCAGAUAUUAGCGACUGGGAGGUGGAAAUGGAUGGCUUCAAUGGGCUGGGCGAGGAGGAGAAGAGGCUGUUCGAGGAGAUGAGGGAAGCGAGGGAGUUGGCGGACAAGGAGGCGGAGGGAUAA